ACUACGUGAACCACGUGCGCCGAUUCAGACGAGCAAAUCUUUCGGAACCCUUGUGGGUAAUUCCCCAGUUUUUUGCCCGAACAAUUUACCACCAUGCUUUGGGGGAUUCCUCCUCAUUCGUUGCCAUUCAAAACAGGUUGUGAUCACCUCGAUAUUACGAUCAUUCGCGCAUUGUAUCUUGUAGAUCGUGGUUCACUUUUCGUAGAGUUUCGGUUUGAUUGAACGAAUCAACCGAGUGUGUUUGUGAAUUAGAAAAGUUUACAGCAAGUGCACCGUGCAAUCAACAAAUAAUACGUUUGUUUCGUGUAAGCAAACAGCAGCGUAUCCAAUUGUAAUAGGCGCAGAUAAAGUGGCACGAGCGAGUAGAACGUGACGAGUAGAAAGGUGCCAUUUGUCCCGAACUAGCCAUCCGAGCUGGCGUUCUAUUGGUCCAUCAUCCCCAUCGAUACAAACCGAAAUUCUGGAAAUGAAUUGCUAGUGUAUUCAAAGUGAUAUUGCCCUUGAAAUAAGUAUGCCAUGGCAUCAAACGGUGAUUCCAGUUUCAAUCCAGUGGCGGCAGCGGCUGCAGUCGACGUGGAGGAUAUGCUGAAAACAUCGCCCGUGAAACUGGACAACCCCCGGUUAGCGUGGUGGCAGCACAAACAUCCAACCAUCAAACGGGUCCUGACCCUUGCUGGCCUCAACGGUGCUGUGGCGGUGUUUCUCGGAUUUGCCGUUAAACAUCACCUGGAAUCCACAUCCGAAGAAAAUGAUUGCAAACCAAACUGCGGCAUACGGUGGUGCGAUGGCUUCGGGAUGUUGCUUCUGCUGCUGGCAUUCAUCUACGCCGGUUUACUGUACUUCCUGAUCAUCAAACCGGGCAUUAGUGAAAAAAUUAAAGCCAACCUAAAGUUAGGUGGUACUUUUCUCUUCCACUUCUGCUCCCAGUGGCCAGUGAUAGUGGUAGUAAGCAUCAUGCUGCUUGCGCUGUUUGGUAUCUUUCUGUACAUUGAUCUUCGACACGAUAUCAGCCGCACGAUGUCGCUCGCCGGGUUGGUAGCCCUACUAGCACUCUCCUUCUUGGUUUCGAAACAUCCAAAAAAGGUAAACUACCGACCGGUGCUGAUGGGUUUGUUAGUGCAGAUCCUGCUGGGACUGCUCUGCAUCCGCUGGACGGUGGGCCGGAGCAUAUUCGCCUGCCUCGGAGCCAAAGUGGAUUCGUUUCUACAGAACGCAGUCAUCGGUGCACAGUUCGUUUAUGGCGAUGCACUCAUCAACCGUUACGCUGUGUUCGCCUUCUACGUGCUGUCCGUGAUCUACUUCUUCAGCUUCUGCAUCUCGAUCCUGUACUACCUUGGGGCGAUGCAGUGGGUCUUGCUAAAGCUCGGAUGGAUCCUACAGUGUGUCCUGGGGACAACGGUUUGCGAGAGUAUUAUGGCCGCUGCGAACAUCUUUCUCGGUAUAAGCGAAUCUCCACUGCUGAUACGACCGUAUCUGAAGGAUCUGACACACUCGGAGCUACACUCGAUCAUGGCAUCGGGGUUUGCUACGGUAUCGGGUACCGUGCUGGCGGCUUACAUUUCCUUUGGAGCCAGUCCGGGGCAUUUGAUAACGGCCAGUGUGAUUUCUGCACCGGCGGUGCUUUGCGUGGGGAAGAUCGUAUAUCCCGAGACGGAGAAAAGUAAAACCAGCUCCGAUAACAUUCAGAUGGAGAAAUCGACUGACUCGUCGCUGGUGGAUGCCGCAUGUAAUGGAGCGACCAUGGGCAUAUCGCUCGUGCAUGGAAUCAUCGCGAAUCUAGUUGCAUUCGUUUCGUUUAUUGCGUUCGUCAAUGGAAUCCUGGCUUGGCUUGGUAUGCUGGUGGGAGUUGAUGGCGUUUCCUUGGAAGGAAUUUGUGGUAUCAUCUUCCGACCGUUGGCCUUUCUCAUGGGAGUAUCGUGGGAGGACAGUGGGUACGUUGGAGAGAUAAUCGGUGCCAAGACGGUCAUCAACGAGUUCGUUGCGUACGAAAGAUUGGGAGGCCUGAUUCGUAAUCAAACCAUUUCACAUCGAUCAGUGACGAUUGCAACGUACGCGAUCUGUGGCUUUGCAAAUCCAUGCUCUUUAGGCAUUUCGAUUGGUGCACUAAGUGCGUUGGUUCCGAAUCGUCGACCAGCGAUCACGUCCGUUUCUAUGCGUGCGAUGUUUACCGGAUCGGUGGCUUGUUUUAUGACGGCUUGCAUUGCGGGGCUGCUGAUCAGCGAAUCGCCAACGGACGAACCGGUUCGAUUAUUCAAUGUAACAGUAUGAUUUUGCUGCGAUAAAGAAUCUACCAGUAGCAAUAAGUAUUUUGCAGAUAUUGUCACAUGAUUUAUUUGUUAAAAUAAACAUUCCAUUUCACCUUUUAA